AUGAAAAAAAUUAAUUUAAUUAGUUAUCUUUUUAGUUGCCCUUUGAAUGUAACACAUAUAUUAGAUCCAGUGUUUUACAUGCAUGAAAUAAAUAAAAAUGCAAACAACAAUAACUAUUUAUUUACAUAUUAUAAUAAAAAUAUGAAUAAUGAAAUAGAAGCAUUGUAUAAUGACAAGCAUUUACAUGAAGUUUCUCAAAUAUUUUUUCAAUUAUCUCAAAAAUAUAAAUCAUAUUUUGAAAAAAAAGGAAAAGGAGAGUUAAAUAUAGUAGACAUUUCUAAAAAUAAUAAUGAUGAUAGAUAUAAAUUUAAGGGUAUAAAUAUUAAUGAAAAAGAAAUAUAUUUUUUAUAUGAAAUUGUAAAAACUAAAGAAAUUGAGAAAAUACGAAUUAAUGAAUCAAAUAAAGUUAGUAACUAUUUAAAUUUAUUAAAAAAUGAUAGUUGUGUAUAUAAAUUAAAUACAAUUGAAUAUAACAAAAUAAAAAAUAUGGUAAAUCAUAGUAAUGAUAUUGUAUUAAAUACUUAUUAUAUAUAUUUAUUAUUAUUAUUUUUUUCAUUAUGUAUAUAUAUAGAAAAAAGUUUAUUUAUAAUUUUCCCUAUAUUAAGAAAAUGGGAAAUUAUCAUGACAUUGUUCAUAAUAUUAAUACCUUCAAUUAUAUACUUAUUUUUAUUUUUUUAUUUUACCAUAACUAAUGUGAUAUCACUGUAUAUAUUUUUUUAUUUCCUAUUUUAUGCAUUUACACACAAAUGGAAAAAUAAAAAUAAGUUAAAAGCAGAUGAUAAAGUACACCCUUCAAAAGUUGAUUUUAUGGAAAAUAAGCGAAAAUCAGAUAAUACAUACAACUGUUUAAUACAUACACGAGUUAUAAACAUGUGUAUUACAUGUUUGUGUAUAUUUGCUGUUGAUUUUUUUUUUUUUCCAAAACAUUUUAAAAAAUCAGCUUACUAUGGAAACACUUUGAUGGAUUUAGGAAUAGGCGCAUGUAUAACGACCAGCGCAUAUAGCUACAAAAAAAAAGAUAAAAAAGUAGAUAUAAAUAGUGGGAGUAAACAAUAUGAUGAAGAUAAUAUAACAAAUGAAAGGGCAGUUAAAUACAUACAAAAAAAUAAUGAUAUUCUUAAAUUUAUCAUAAAAUAUUUUACUUUGUUUAUUUUGGGGAUUGGUCGAUUUUUCGCUAUAACAUUUUUUAAUUAUAACUAUAGCAUAACAGAAUAUGGAAUACACUGGAAUUUUUUCUUAACCUUAUUUUUUUUACUAAUUAUAACAAAUAUAAUAUUUAAUAUAUUAAAAAACAAAAAAAAACGAAUUUUUAUUUUUAGCUGUAUUUCAAUUGCUAUAUAUGAGUUAUUUAUACACAUAUUUGAUAUACAUAGUUAUAUAUUAUUAAAAGAGGAGAGAAACACAUUUUUCGAAGCAAAUAAAGAAGGAAUAUUUAAUCUUAUAGGAUCAAUUAAUUUGUAUACAUUUUCUUAUUCGUUUUGGAACAUAUUUAUUGUUGAUUAUAGUGAAGAACAAGAAAAAAAAGCGAUGCAAAAUAUUGUAAAAAAUUGUGAAAUUGAAAAAAAAAAUAAAGAAAAUUUGCAUGAAAAAUCGGUCUUUAAUAAUAAAAUUUGCAACGAUUUAAGAUUUUCAAAAGACAAGUAUUAUAGUAUAUACUUAAAUAUAAAACUAUUUUUUUUUGCUUUUAUUUUUUAUAUAUUACAUUGGACGCUAAACAAGUAUGAAAAAUAUAGUGUUCGAGUUUUAUGUAAUGCUAACUACAUAUUUAUAAUAUCAUCUAUUAGUAUGUUUAUGGCUAGUUUGAGUUAUAUCAUAGAGCAAAUAAUAACAGAACAAAUAAAUAUAAAUAUUUUAGAUAAAAUUAAUUCUAAUACUUUAACAAUAUUUUUAUUUUGUAAUAUUACUUUAGGAAUAUUUAACAUUUUAUUUCAGUCUUUAUUAUAUCCUCUUGUUUUAGCCAUAUUUAUUUUAAUCUUAUAUUCUUUAUUUUUUUUAAUUUUUGCAAAUUUUUUGCCAAUAUAUUCACGAAGAAAAACUUAA